AUGCCAGGAGGAAGUCCCCCAAAAAUGAUAAUUACUGAUCAAGAUCCUACAAUGAAAUUUGCCAUUUCCCAAGUUCUUCCUAACACAUUUCAUAGGUUUCAACUUAUGAGAGAGGAUGACAAUCAAAAAUUGUAUUUGGUCAAGAAAAGAAGUGAUCAGAUUCAAAAGGAUCAGGAAAUUGUUGACAAGCAUACGGAUCUUGCUUCAUGUACUUGCAAAAAAUUUCAAAGUGAAGGAAUCCCCUGUAGGCACAUCUUGGGAUAUUUGUUGAAAGUUCAAGAAGUAGAUUACUUACCUGACCAAUAUAUUUUGAACAGAUGGACUAAAGCUGCAAAUGCUACUGUAGUUAAGGACCUAGAUGGGUUGGAGAUAACAGAUACAAAUGCAUUGGUGGUGAAGCGUAGUAAAUUAUUUCAUCAUGCUUCACUUGUUAUUGAUAAAGUCCUUACAAGUCCUCAUGAAGCUCAGACCAUGUUUAUCGAGGCUCUUGACAAUGUUCUUGAUAAGCUCAAACAAAUGCAAGUCAAUAGUAGCGAAAGUGCAAGUGUCGGUAAGAAGUUUUCAAGUGAUGUUCAACAUAGGUAUAAUGAGCCAAAGAUUAUCAAAGCAAAGGGUUCUAGAAAAAGGCUUAAGAAGUCAAAGGAGAAGACAGAGAGAAAGAGAAGUAGUACAAGGAAAUGUCAUGGAUGUAGUUUGUAUGGGCAAUUACAUGAUAAACGGAACUGUCCGGCGCUUAAUAUGCCUAAUGAUAGUUCUGUUCUUGACAAAUAUGCGGACAAGGAUGAAGAUGAUCACGAGCUAAUAGGAACUGAUGAAGAUGAGGACCCCAGUUCCUUCGAUGAAGAUGAUGACAAUUAA